AGGGAGCUAGCUUGCGCAGUAGCGAUGCGCCGUCAGCAGAUUUAUUUACCUGCAGUAAAAACUCUGCUGCUCGCGUUUCAGCGGCUUGUCAAUUAGCAUGAUUUGAAUAACCUGUCUGAAACAAUCACUCCUGAUUUGUUUUAAUUGAAUACCCGUGGCAAGGAGGAGAGCAGAAGACCGAAAGAUGGAAGAGUUUGAGAGCAGUCCUCUUGGGCGGGUAACGGUGUAUUCCAUCCAAGGCUGCCCGCACUGUGUGCAGGCUAAGGCCACCCUCAGGCAGCUGGGAGUGCCACUCUGUGAUGUGGAUAUCGGCGUUCAUUCAGAGCUGCGUGCGAAGCUGAAGGAGCUGACCGGGCGCAGCACCGUACCUCAGAUCUUCUUCAACGGCGUUCAUAUUGGCGGUAACGAUGACCUGCAGAAACUGGCUCCCAGUGAACUCCAGAGGCUUGUGACUUUGGUCAAAGAGGAGCCUCUUCCAGCAGAUGCUCCCCCGUUACCGGAGAAGUCAUCACAGGAUGAGCCAGUGGAAAACGAUGAAGAGUUUAAAUGUGAGAGAGAUGAGUUGGCAGACCUGGUAGAGGACCUCAAGCAUGGCGGUGUGAUUGGCAGUCAUAGGAGAGGGCUCACUUUGUACAAAAAGAGCUUCUCAGGCGCUCAGCUGGUUGACUGGCUGCAAAAGGAGAAGGGCAUGGCCACGGCUGAGGCCUGUAAUACAGGUCAGGCAUUGUUGCAGAAGAAGUACAUGGUCAGUGUGCGUGGCUGUGGGCAGAAGGUUGGCGGUUUUGGCGAGGGAAAAGACACCAUGGAUUCACUGUUCAGGCUGCUGGAGGACGACCCUCAUUCAGCCCUCAACUCAGGACAGACUGCAGCCUGCAGUCCCAUACGGGCCUCUGAGCUCUCUCUGCUUCUACGAGAGAUGAUUCUGAAAUUGUUCUCAGAACAUCUGUCUGCUGACGGCAAGUCUGUGGACUACAAGGGUAUGUCUGCAGACCCUGUUUUUGAGCGUUACUGUGAGCUAGCCAUUCAGCUGCAGAGGGUGGAGCUGCUGUCCCUGAGCCGGGAGGAGAAACUGGCCUUCUUCAUCAACAUCUACAAUGCCUUAGUCAUCCAUGGGUACCUCCGCCUGGGGGCCCCCACCAACAUGUGGCAGAGAUACAGAUUCUUCAAUUAUGUGAGCUACCUGAUUGGAGGAGAGGUUUUCACGCUGCAGGACAUUGAGAACGGGGUCCUCCGGGGGAACAGGAAGGGUGUGGCACAGCUGCUGAGGCCCUUCUCCAAAACCGACCCACGGCUUCAGGUGGCGCUUCCUGACGCUGAGCCCCUCAUUCACUUUGCCUUGAACUGUGGUGCAAAGGGCUGCCCGCCUAUCAAAACAUACACCCCGCAGGAUAUUGACAGCCAGCUCCGCACAGCAGCUGAGGCCUUUCUGGAGAACGACGAUGCCUGUGUGGUAGAUUCUGGGAAAGGAGAAGUGCGACUCAGUCAGAUAUUCAAGUGGUACAAGGCUGACUUUGGAGGCACCGAUGAGAAUCUGCUGAAAUGGGUGCUGGACCACAUGAGUGACUCUCCAAAGAAGACAAGCCUGCAGGGCAUCCUUUCUGCUGGGAAGACUAAAGUCAGCUUCCUCCCUUAUGACUGGAGCUCCAACAGCUCCCACUGAGCCUGCUCUCUGCAGUUUCCUAACAUCUGUCCACUGUCAACCCUUAAGGUUUUAUUGAAAGCUCCCGCACCCCAUUUUUGGAUGUCAUGCAUACAAUACGUUUAAAGGAGUCCAUAGGAGGGCUUUGUGCUCCCCUGUGUGUGCAGCUCAGGAGUAAUAGAUUACCACUAUGCUCCCAGUCCAGAUCCACUCUGGUUGGGUUUUUCCUAUGGCACAGUUAAUUAAAGCAGAUGCCGCCUUUACAAGCCAUAUCAAUAAACUUACAAAACUCUUUUAUGUGUAGCAGACUAAAGACUUUACACCAAUACUGUCCAUCAUUUCAACAGAACUUACAGCCUGAAGAAGUCCUAGGCUUCAUGAUGCCUUUGAGGAAAAAGAAAGGGAUCUCGUUCUUGUAUUUGACACCUGAAUUUAACAUUGAAUAUUGGUUUUGUGUCCAAGAUAAAAUAUGAAUACACAUAUAUGUAUGUCUGUAUAUACAUGAACCACUCAGCAUGUGGCUGUAGAGCACUUUUGUAGAAAUAUUUUAAACUCUUCUUUGUCAGAGCAUCUUUGAUCCAGGUAUAUGUGCAGAUAACUACUAGCAAGCUCUCUUUCUUUGGGCUUAGAAAUUGAGUUCAUUUUGUCUCACCCUCACAGCUGAAAGGCCUGUGAUGAGGUACUAUUUUUUUUUUUUUUAAUGUUCCUGCCCUUUGAGGUAAUUCUGUUGAUCCCUUUUUUGAACUUGCAUGCCUUUCCCGUCGAAUUUCUUCCUUUAUUUUUUAUCCUGGUCUUCCAUUAUGAAUUGGAGUAGUGCCGCUGCUGUGUUUUUUGGCACAGACAUUUACAAUCCUUACAGAUUUGGAAUGCACUCUGACACUUUGCAUGGCUAAUGCCAUCUUUAAAUACCAUUGAGGCACAUUCUUCUUCCUGUGUUUGCAGAGAUAAAUGUUCACUCUUGAUCCGUGUCACGUCGGGUAAAAUUGGAAUAUUAUUCUGCAAUUCUGCCAAAAAGUCUAUAUCAACUAAUCAUACAGCUGUUCUUUUUUAUGUCGUUGUCAGACUGUUUUGUUUCCACACAAACAAAAUUCACAGAACAUGAUUGAAAGGAUGUGAUUUUGUGUCAUAGGAUUUUUACCAAACCUUCAAAGCUUUAGCUUAAUACCAUGUUUAAUUUCAGUGACAAGUUUUCCAGGCGGUUUUGUGUUAUUCUGAGUGAUUUUACAUUCUCAGGUCAGUGAAUACGAAUAUGUGUACCCAGGUUAUUUAAUGCUGCAUGUUUUCCCGUCUUACAAAUGUCUGCUUAUUUUUCCCAAUGUGUGUUGGUCUUUGUGAGACAGCAUAAUUGUAUCAUAAGUUUGAAUAUGUUUUCUUUCAUGAGGCUAGAAGCCAGCACCAAAGCAACGGUUGCAUGUGUCGGAGCAUGGGCUAGUGGUCAGCCUGUAGCCGUAGGAGCUAGUUGUAUGUAAUGUUAUAUAGAUCUACUGUUAAACCAGGGCCCUAUUAGAAAGGGCAGUCAUAGUUUAACUAACAGCUGGUUAAUGUUGGACAUCAUUGUCUUUUCAAUCCACUGGAUUUUCUCCAUGAGGUGACAAAGCACAACUUUGACUCUCUCUACACUCACCUUUUAUUACAUGGUUAUUUUUGUUUGUAAGGUGAACAGAAAAUGUCUGCAUACAUCAACAUUCCUUGUCCUUAUUUAGAUAAUUACCUCAUGUAUCAGGAAAAUGUGAUGCAAUUUAUAUUUAAUAAGUAGUUUUAUGGCUCUCUUUUACUCAGUGAAGCAAUAUGUUGACCAGUAAAUAUGCAAUGCUGAA